UGCAAAAUUCUUCUUUUGUGGGAGGUUUCUUGGAGGGAGGGUCUGUGCUCGCCUCUACCCCAUCCCGGGGCACCCAGUUAAGAACCAGGUUUUAUUUUGGACAAGAUAUUUCAAUUUCAAGAAGCUGGGGGGAAACAAUGCAUAACUGAGAUCACAAGAAAAAAGAAUAAAUCUCAAGGGGACAAAAACAAAGAGAACCUAAACCCAGACAAGCUGCUCUAUGGCUGCCCUGAGGUGGACGGUGUAGAAACAGAAGGACAUAUAAAUUUGCAGCUACCCAAGAGUCAGAGAUGAGCCCCAGGACCCGUGGGAACUGGGGAGCUGAAACCAAGACAUACCUACUACUGUGACGGGAUUUUUUGUGUCCCUCCCAAAUUCUUAGGUGGACUCCAAACCCUCCAGGUGUGGUAUAAAGAUGAGGGGUUUGGGGGAGGCCAUUGGGUCCUGGGGGUUCUGCAUCGUGAAUGGAUCAGUGCUCUUCAGAAAGAAGCCAGAGAGCUCUGCCUGGCCUCUUCCACAAUUUGAAGGCACAGGAGGUGCCAUCAAAGAACCAGGAAGCAGAACUUCGCCCACACCUGGAUCUUGGACUUCCAGCCUCCAGAAAUACACCAAGACAACAGACUGAUGGGACAUUGACUCUUGGACAGAGAAAAACAAACCUGGACUUGGAGGCUCUCUCAUCAGUCACCCUGGCCCUUCUCUGCUUGGACGGUGUUUUCCUCUCCUCGGCGGAGAAUGACUUUGUCCACCAGGUCCAGGAGGAACUGGACCGUUUCCUGCUGCAGAAGCAGCUGUCAAAGGUUCUUCUUUUCCCCCCAGUCUCCAGCCGCCUGCGGUAUCUGAUCCAUAGAACAACAGAGAAUUUUGAUCUCUUGAGCAGUUUCUCUGUUGGGGAGGGCUGGAAGAGGAGGACAGUGAUCUGUCACCAGGACAUCAGGAUACCAAGUUCAGAUGAUCCCUCUGGCCCUUGCCACACUCCUGCCUCCCACACCAGAAAGUACCCUGGUCCUCGGCCCACCCCCAGCCAGGCAGUGGCUGCUGGUUCCCGGGGUGCACGGGCUCGCCGAUGGCAUCGAGGACGCAAGCCGGACCAGCCUUUGUAUGUGCCCCGGGUGCGGCGCAGGCAAGAAGAAUGGGCAGCUCCCUGUACCCCAGUGGUCAAGGAAGAGACCCCAGCUGGUGGGGUCUCUGAAAAGCCUGGAGAUGCUGGUGCUGGGGACCCUGAUACCCAUCAGGGACUCACCAUGUUGAUGACUCAGGGAACAGAGCACCUGAAGGACCCAGGCCAAAGUUGUGAGAAGGAGCCACUGCCGGAGCCAGUUGGCACUGAGCCCCCAGGACCCGAGAGUCCAUCAGGGAAGGGAUGCGGGGUGGAGGCUGCCACACAGCUUGGGUCCAGCCUGCAGCCGGCCCUGGAAGAGGGGAAUGGGAGUCAACUGGAGCAGAACCCAGUGGAUGAGGAGGAGGAGGAGGAGGAAGAGGAGGAGGAGGAGGUGGAAGCCGAGGAGGAGGAGGAGCCUGGCAGCUGCUCUGAGGAAGAUUGCAGUGAGCUGCUGCGGGAGAUCACAGACAAGCUGACUGAGAAGGAGAUCCAGAUCGAGAAGGUCCACCUGGACACGUCCUCCUUCGCAGAGGAGCUGCCUGGGAAGGAAUUUGCCCACGUGGUGGAGAUCUAUGACUUUGAGCCAGCGCUCAAGACUGAGGACCUGAUGGCGACAUUCUCUGAGUUCCAGGAGAAGGGGUUCAAGAUUCAGUGGGUGGAUGACACUCACGCACUUGGCAUCUUUCCUUGCCUGGCCUCAGCUGCUGAUGCCCUGACCAAGGAGUUCCCUCUGCUCAAGAUCCGGCCUCUCACACAGGGAACCAAGCAGUCCAAGCUCAAAGCCUUGCAAAGGCCAAAGCUCUUGCGUCUGGUGAAGGAAAGGCCACAGACGGAUGCUGCGGUGGCCCGAAGGCUGGUGUCCCGGGCCCUGGGCCUCCAACACAGAAAGAAAGAGCGGCCUGCUGUCCCCAGUCCCCUGCCGCCCUGAGGCCCCAGCUCCUAACACCACAAGCCUUUACAGAUGCCGGGACAGCUCUGUGCCACCGUUGGAGCUUCACUGUGGGGUGGUCGGCUUUAAUUUGGUCUAGUUCCACAAAUUGAGGGAAAAAAGAAAUAAAAGCUUUUUAGUUCUAA